AUGGAGGCAUUCACUUUUGCGCUGUCCACACAGGUGGAUUUGCCUGUAUGUGUCAAGAUUGGCUCACUGGAGGGCAAACAGAAGCAGAUUCCCUUCUCCCGUCUACUCCAAAACCCAGAAUUGCGAUACCUGGGUUCCUCCCAAAACCCCAACUCCGAUCUUUUUGUCACUUGUCAGCUAUGGUCGAACUCAAAGCCUCUCGGUGUGCCGAUGCAGACUUCCUAUAAAGCUUUCAAAACAUCUCGUUCGUGGAGUGAAUGGCUUCAGGUGCCUAUGUCCAUCAAGGAUGCCCCGCUGAACUCGCAACUCGCGAUAACGGUCUGGGAUUUGUCCCCGCUAGCGAGUGAUGGACCGCAAGGCCACGACGUUCCAUUCGGCGGAACGACAAUAUCACUAUUCGACCAUGAAGGGAAACUGAAGAUGGGUAGGCAGAAAUGCAAGAUCUAUCGUCAUAAGCCUGCGGAUGGUUAUUCAUCAACAGCAACGCCAUCCACUCCAACCCCGAAGCGGCGAAAGCCUAACAAUCGUGAUGCGCUUGCUCCAUCUAAAGAAGAAAUGGAAUUAGAACGGAUUGAAGUCCUGAUCAAAAAGCAUGAAAUGGGUGAAAUUACUCGGAUUGAUUGGAUGGAUCAAAUGGUCUUCCGUCAGUUGGAAAAGCUCAAGAUUCAAGCGGAGGACGCGGCCCGAAAAAGAGCAAUUCAUCUGACUAGCUUUAAGGCUAAGGCCAAAGAGGCUGAAGAUGAUAGUUCUGAUGAAGAAGACUCAGAAGAUGAGACCUUUGUCCUCUAUGUGGAAUUUCCGCGUUUUGACCACCCGAUUGUGUGGGCUGAUCACCAAUAUCUUCCACCUCCCAUCUCUGCAUACCCUCAGGCCAUGCCGUCCAAUCCCAAUUCAGCAUUGAAGCCUGUUCCAGAAGUCCGCUUCGGUCCAGGAAUUGAAGGAGGGGAUGGAGCUGGGGUAAUUAGGAUAUAUGACCCGGAAGUCGGACAGACCGGGAACCCAUGUGAGGAUAAACAUCGAAGAUUGAUUCGUAGCCAUCGAACCGGAUUCAUGGACCGAGAUCUGAAGCCCAACCCCAAAAAUCGGGAUGAGCUGAAUAUCAUUUUGUCAUACGAGCCCACGCAAGACCUUACUGCCGAGGAAAAGGACCAGGUAUGGAGGUUCAGGUAUUACUUGACUCGUGAAAAGAGAGCCUUGACCAAAUUUGUCAAAUCGGUCAACUGGCGCGACGAUGGAGAGUCUCGACAGGCUGUGGAAAUUCUACCCAAAUGGACAGACAUCGACGUUGAUGAUGCUCUGGAACUCCUAGGUCCCACAUUCGACAACCCGGCUGUGCGUUCGUAUGCUGUUGCAAGACUACGACAAGCAGAUGAUGAAGAGCUGCUUCUCUAUCUCCUCCAAUUGGUACAAGCUUUGAAAUACGAGGAAAGUUCCGAGAAUGGCGAGGACGACGCUGCACAUGAUUCCUCCCUUGCCAGUUUUCUCAUUACGCGAGCUGCGAACAAUUUCAAGCUCGGCAAUUAUUUGCAUUGGUACUUGAUGGUUGAGUGCGACGAUGCAGGCCCGGGUACUCUCUCAACACAGCGUCGGCUUUUUGCACGGGCCGAGUUCUACUUUAUGACCGAGUUGGAAAAGAUUCAUUCAGAGCACCGCAAAACACUCCUACGCCAAGGGGAACUUGUUGCUGUGCUUUCAAAGAUCGCCAAAGAUAUCCGUUUCUCCCGUGAUCCCCGGCCUACAAAAAUCGAGAAGCUUAAGAAAAUGCUACGAGAUCCCAAGAACGAGAUAGUCAACAUUGAUCCACCAUUGCCGCUGCCGCUAGACCCUGACGUUUCAAUCGUUGGCUGUUAUCCUGACGAAUCUAACGUCUUCAAGUCGACAUUAUCACCAUUGCAGAUCACAUUCAAAACUGCCGACGGUCGCCGAUAUCCCCUCUUAUACAAAGUUGGCGACGAUCUUCGUCAGGACCAACUGGUCAUUCAAAUUAUCAUUCUGAUGGACCGCCUUCUUCAAAAGGAGAAUCUAGACCUGAAGCUGACGCCAUAUCGAAUUCUUGCUACGAGCUCCACGGCGGGCGCCGUUCAGUUCAUUCCAUCAACUUCCCUCUCCGCCGCCUCCGCCAAAUAUAAGUCCAUUCUCACUUACCUGAAGGAGCACAAUCCCGAUGAAAACGAACCCCUCGGUGUCCGUAAAGAAGCUAUGGACACAUAUAUCAAGUCCUGUGCAGGAUACUGUGUGAUCACCUACCUCCUUGGUGUUGGCGACCGCCACCUGGAAAAUUUACUCCUUGCUCCAGAUGGCCACUUCUUUCACGCUGACUUUGGCUUUAUUCUCGGUCGUGACCCGAAGCCCUUUGCUCCCAUGAUGAAGCUUUGUAAAGAAAUGGUCGAGGGCAUGGGUGGCACAACCUCACCCCAUUACUUGCAGUUCAAGCAAUAUUGCUUUACAGCAUAUACCACCUUGCGCAAAUCUGCCAACUUGAUUCUCAAUCUAUUUAGUCUGAUGGUAGAUGCGAAUAUCCCAGAUAUUCGUGUUGAGCCUGAUAAAGCAGUAUUGAAAGUGAAAGAACGCUUUCACCUCGAGAUGACUGAAGAGGAGGCCAUCAGACACUUCGAGCAAUUGAUUGGUGAUAGUGUCAAUGCUAUCUUCGGCGUGGUGAUUGAUCGCCUACAUGAAUUUGUACAAGGCUGGAGAGCAUAA